CUUUAUAUUUGUACACUCACUUACACGCGCUCUGGGAAGGAAUUACUCUAUACCUUGCCUUACUCUCACUCAAAAUGGCUUUUAGAUCCUCAGCUUACUGGAAAUCUUUGUCGAAUCGUCUACGAGGAAGUUCGAAUUUUACGACGUCGACUUCUCCAAAAAUGAAAGCAUAUUCUCCCGCAAUUGAUAUGCUCAACUCUCCAACCAUCAAAUCGAAGGCGGCGAAGGGGGGUUUUGUGCCGGUUUUUGUGGCGGUGGGGAUGAUAGCGACGUCGGUGGGUUUUGGAAUAUACACAGCACUGCACCAACUAGCGAGGGCUCCUAAUGUAUUUGUGAAGAAGUCGAAAAGGGAAACUAUACCGGAGGUGGUGGAGCCGGAGCACGUGGUGGAGGAAACCGAUAGGUUUAUCAAAAAAUCGUUCUUCCGAAAGGUUGCCCAUGUGCAGGACUCCGAUCGCCAUGAAAUCAUGCCAGAUCCCAUUCGAGGGGAUAUAUUUACCAGGCGUCCUAGAGUGGAGACAUUGAAAGAUGUGGGAGUUGAUCCUAAGGUGCAGUGACUUCAAGACGGUCGAACAUUUCUCAAUGUACAUAGUUCAAAACCUAAUAAAUGAAUUUCUGAUGCGGAGCUUUGUGCCAUCCCAACUAAAUACCCUGAAAUUAUGACCCUAUAUUAGUGUGUGUAUUAUUUUUAGUGUAUAGAUGUGUGUAAUAUAGUUUUUCAAGUGUGUUACUUUUUUCACGUUAUUUACCUUUGCUAGUUUUUUACGA